GCAAAUCCAAGUCAAAACCUCGCGAGCCGCAUCGCCACCAAAUCUGACCACCCCCGGCCCCCGUGCGGCUCACGACAGCAUCACAUUCUCCUCCCGUCGACGCCGCCGCCGCCGCCGCCGCUCGCCACGGAUCACCACCAUGUCCCCGCUUCCGCGCCGCUUCGCCUCCGUCAGACACAUCUGCUCCAGCUCCGCCUCCGAGCUCGCCCCGGUACCGACCGCCGUCUCUGACACCGCCUCCCGCGCGGCAGCCGCCGUGCUCCGCGCCCCGCGCUUCGAGCCCCGCCUCCUGUCGCUCGUCCCAUGCCAACUGCUCUUCGAGCCGAGCUGCGUCCGCCAAACCCUCUCCCGCCUCCUCCCCUCCCCUGAACCCUCGCUCCGUUUUCUCCUCUUCCUCGCCUCCCACCUUCCCGCCCCCGCUGACGCCCCUGCCCCUUCGCCUCACCUCCCCGGGAUCGACGCCUUCCUCCUCAGCCUCCAGCCACAUCUCGCAGCCGAUGCCGCCGCGCUGCUAGCCUCCCACCUCGGCCUCCACCCUUCCCUGCCCGCACUCAACGCGGCAUCCCGUGCCGCUCUCCGGGCCGCGCGUCCCGACCUCGUCUUCCGCCUCUUUUCCACCUUCUCCUCCUCCCCUGCCUUCCCAGGCAACGCGGGCACCGUCGCCUGCCUCGUGCGCGCCUGUGCAGCCGACUGCCGCCCGCUCGACGGCCUCCGCCUCCUCCGAGAUGCUGCACGACGUGGCUCCCCUCCCUCAUCUGCUGCUGCCGCCGACCUUGUCACGUCCUUUGUGGCCAUCGGCAACUUCGCAAAGGUGUCUGAGACGCUCCACCUCAUGAUCUCUGCGGGAUGUCCUCCAGCUACGUUUGUCUACCAGCGUGUCAUACAUGGGCUCUUUGCGCAUGGGAUGGGUGGCGAGGCCCUUCGUGUCUUCAGUGAGAUCAAGCUGCGUGGUUAUGCCAUAGAUGUAGUCACUUACAACACAGCACUCACUGGUUUAUGUAAAAUGGGCCACAUUGCCGAUGCGCGGCAGAUGUGGGAUGAGAUGGUGGACAAAGGUAUACAGCCCAGUGAGUAUGCAUAUUGCUCUUUUCUCGAUUACUACUGUGAAGCUGGUGAUUUUGGGAUGGCUCUCAAGGUGUAUGAAGAAAUGCUUGACAAGGGAUUCAAGGAGAGCACAGUUAGCUGUAACAUUAUCGCCAAAGGGUUUUGUGUUCAUAGGAGGGUGGACGAAGCAGUUGGGGUGUUUGAGGGAAUGGUUACAAAAGGGAUUGAACAUGAUGUGAUCACUUAUAACACGUUGAUUCAGGGCCUAUGCAAGGUUGGUAGGUUGGCUGAGGCGAUAGGGAUGUAUCAGCGGCUACUCUCAUCUGGUUUGGAGCCAAGUGUGCAGACCUUCACACCACUCAUUGACACCUUGUGCAAGGAAGGGCAGGUCGAUCAUGCUGUUGAAUUACUUACCUUGAUGCAGGCUAAGGGCUUGGAACCGUUGGAACGUAGCAAUGAUAGUGUCAUCAAUGGGUUCUGUAAGGUCAGGCGGGCUGAUGAUGGUAUGGCAUGGUUGGCUAGCAUGUUGAAGAACAAUCUGAAACCUCGGGAACAGACGUUCAAUUCUUUGCUGGAGUCUCUGAGCAAAUCCGAGCGAAUGGAUGACGCACUGCUGAUUCUGAAUACAAUGUUUAAAGCUGGAUAUGAAUUAGGCAGUUUGGCUUCUGCUAUACUUGUUGAUAAGUUAUGCACAGGCAUUGUAUCUUAUCCUCAAAAGUUGGAGGAUAUUUUGGUGAGCAGCUAGUGGCAUUUGGAUGCCCUGCAAAUCGUACAAAUGUUCAUUUGUUUCUCCCUUGAUUGAUGUCUUUGAGAAAUGUUUUUAUUGGUGUUGUUCAAAAGGCUACACAAAUGACUUAUGUAGAAAUUCAGAACCCUGAUGACCAAGAACUUGACUUUUGAGGUUCAUAUUCAGAUUAUAACUUGGCCUCCAACCAUUCCAGUAAAUCUUGGAGAGACAGAAAUGUGCAACGGCAACGGCUGUGAGUAACAGCUCUGAGAGGUUGUGACAGCAGUGAGCAGCGUUGAUGGCUAACAUUCUUCUUUGGCCCUGUAAUAAUCCAAAUGCCUGUGAUCGUGGGGAUCUAUUGAACAGCACUGUAGUACCUUCUUCAGGAACUGCAAUGGGCACUUCAGGAUGGCCAUAGAGCUCUCUGAACACAAGCUUUGUGGCCCUUACAUCACCAUUCUCUGCAUCUCCAUUCCCAGGUGUACAUUGUGCUUUGGCCCUGUAAUAACCCCUUCUAUUUUCUGUCUAUUUUGAAUAUUCACAUCUUAACAAUAGACUAAAUCAACCCAUGUCUCGUCCUUCCUGUAUUUCGUUUGAGCAAAUGGAUUCAAGAUAAUUUUAACUGUUGUCAAGAGAACUACGACGUCCAUAUGUAGGAAUGUGAAGAGGAAUGACUGUUAAUGUCUUCUUUGGUUUA